GCCACUAGUUUCCCUUUAAAGUUGAGCGUAACCAAUACUUGCCCUUACAGAUUUAAGCUAUGCUAUUUUUUAUCAACAAACUAGCCUCUUCAUCAUUCAGGGUCUUCUUCUUCAGCCUGCUUUUGGUUUCUUCUUUCCAUGUCUUUAUUUCUGUUUCAGGAACUUUUAGAGACGAAGCAUCGACAAGACAGAAGGAACCGAAUGCUCUUCUAAAAUGGAAGGCUAGUCUUGAUAAUCAAAGUCAAUCCUCCCUCUCUUCUUGGGAUGGAAAUGGCCACUGUAACUGGACUGGGAUAAUUUGUGACAAGUCUAGAAGAGUCCACCAGUUAAACCUUUCAAGGUUCGGUUUGAAAGGUAAACUUCAUGGUUUUAGCUUCUCUUCUUUCCCCAAACUUAAUGUUAUUGAUCUCAGCUCCAAUUAUCUCAGGGGAACCAUCCCAUCAGGUGUUGGUAAUCUAUCUAGAUUAACAUACCUGGACUUGUCGUCCAAUAAUCUCUCUGGAUAUAUUCCCUUUGAAAUAGGAAAGUUAAGGUCUAUUUCAGAGCUUUAUCUGAAAGUAACAUCUAACAGGUUCGAUCCUCCUUCCAUAGGAAACCUGACAGACCUGUCUUUUCUCUACUCACAAAACAAGCUCUCUGGUUCUAUACCUCAACAAAUUGGAAUGUUGAAGUCCCUGUAUAAACUUGCACUCUCUGACAAUAAUCUGGUCGGUUCUCUCCCUCCCUCUAUUGGAAACUUAAGCAACUUAUCUGGUCUUCGCCUUUAUAACAAUAAAAUUUUGGGAUCCAUACCAAAAGAAAUUGGAAUGCUGGGUUCCCUUGAAGGGAUUAAUUUGUCCAAUAAUAGUCUAAGUGGUGAAAUUCCUGCUUCUAUAGGAAACCUGACCAAAGUAAAUAGUCUCUACCUUUCUGCUAACAACUUUCAUGGUUCGAUUCCUCAAGAGAUCGGAAAAAUGAGAUCUCUCAUUGACCUUGAAUUGGCAAACGCAAAUCUCUCGGGUUUAAUCCCUGCUUCUAUAGGAAACUUGAAAAACCUGUCAUAUCUUUACCUUCAUCUUAAUUCACUAUCAGGAUUUAUUCCUUCUAGUAUUGGAAACUUGACCAAUCUCAUUGACCUAUUCCUGCACUGUAAUAAGUUACAGGGCUCGAUUCCUUGGGAAUUAGGUAAACUCGAAUCCCUUCAUCAGCUAAUACUGUUCAACAACAGUCUCAGUGGUUUCAUUCCAGAAGAGAUGAACAAUCUUACAAGUUUGGUAACUUUUGAAGUCUCUGAAAACUACUUGUUUGGCCAUUUACCACAACAGGUGUGCCUUGGCGGAGUACUGGAAAGUUUUACUGCCCAUGACAAUUAUUUCACAGGUCCAAUCCCCAAGAGCUUGAAGAACUGUACCAGCUUACACAGAGUUCGGCUUGAACACAAUCAACUUAUUGGGAAUGUAUCUGAAGAUUUCGGCAUAUACCCAAACUUGGACUAUCUUGAUCUGAGUGGUAAUAAAUUGAUUGGUGAGCUAUCAUCGAAAUGGGGUCAGUGCCACAAUCUAACAAACCUAAGGAUCUCUAACAAUAAUCUCUCUGGUGAACUACCCUCAGAACUUGGAAAGGCAACUCAGCUACGAGUAUGUGACCUUUCUUUAAAUCAUCUAACUGGAGGCAUUCCAAAGGCACUAGGAGAGCUAAAAUUGUUGUUCAACUUAAUGCUGAAUGAUAAUCAUCUGUCAGGAAGUAUUCCUCCUGAAAUGGGAAUGCUAUCUAGUCUUGUUCAUCUUAACUUGGCGGCAAACAACUUAAAUGGCUCCAUUCCAAUAUGGUUGAGGCAGUGUGAAAAUCUCUUGGAACUGAAUUUGAGUGUCAAUAGAUUUGGUGGAGGAAUUCCUUCUGAGGUUGGCAGCUUGUCUUUUCUUCAAAUUCUUGAUCUCAGUCAGAAUUUUCUGAUAGGUAAAAUACCGAAGGCAGUUGGGAACUUGAAAUCUUUAGAAAAGCUGAACCUCUCUCACAAUAAGCUCUUCGGUUUUUUUCCCUCAACUUUUGAUGAUAUGUUAAGCUUAACAUCUGUUGAUGUAUCCGACAAUCGGUUGGAGGGUCAUCUUCCAGACAACAAGGCCUUUCGAGAGGCUUCAUUUGAGGCUUUCAGAAACAACAAAGGCUUGUGCGGCAAUAUCACAGGUUUGGAAGUAUGUUCUUCAAAAUUAAGCAGUAAUGUUGAUCGGAAAAAGAAUAGCAAAAUUGUGAUUGCAACUGUAGCCCCUAUUUUAUUCACACUGCUUCUUGUAUUUGUUGUCUUUUGGAUUCUUUCUUCUUCAAAACGAAGAGAAAGGAAUACCGAGAACACACCAAGGGUAGUAGCAAGUGAUUCUCUGUUUGAAAUUUGCAACUAUGAUGACAAAAUGUAUGAAAACAUAGUUGAAGCAACUGAAGAAUUUGACUCCAAAUACUGCAUUGGAGUUGGGGGAUAUGGAACUGUUUACAGGGCAGAAUUGUCUGAUGGUCAAAUUGUUGCUGUGAAAAAACUUCACCCACUUCCAGAAGGUGGGGUGGGAGAUCAGAAAGCUUUCAACAGCGAGAUUUGGGCCUUGACUGAAAUACGCCAUCGCAAUAUUCUGAAACUUCAUGGUUUCUGUUCCCAUCCCCAACACUUGAUUUUGGUAUACGAGUUCUUGGAAGGGGGAAGCCUGGAGAAGAUACUGAGGAUUGAUGAACAAGCAAUGGAAUUUGAUUGGAUUAAGAGGGUAAAUGUUGUUAAAGGCAUGGCUAAUGCCGUGGCCUAUAUGCACCAUGACUGCUCCCCUCCUAUGGUCCAUCGUGACAUUUCAAGCAAGAACAUUCUGCUAGAUUCAGAAUAUGAGGCUCACGUUGCAGACUUUGGCGCUGCCCGGCUUCUUAAGCCUGAUUCAUCCAAUUGGACCUCAUUUAAAGGCACUUUUGGUUACACUGCUCCAGAGCUUGCUUACACCAUGCAAGUGAAUGAAAAAUGUGAUGUAUUUAGCUUUGGAGUGGUGACACUGGAAACGCUUAUGGGAAGGCAUCCUGGGGAUAUAAUAUCUUUUCUGUCAUCAUCAGUUUCUUCACUCACACCAUCAUGUUCAUCAUCAGCACCCUUCAAUCAGUUACUACUGAAGGCUCUGUUAGACCAGCGUCUUCCAUCUCCUAGGGAACAAAUAGCAGCGGAAGUGGUCUCUGUUGUAAAACUUGCAUCUCUAUGCCUACAUGCCACCCCGCAAUCUCGACCAAGUAUGGAACAAGUUUCUCAGGAGCUGUCAACUCAGAAUCCACCCUUGGUGAAGCAGUUUCACACAAUAACAAUAGGCCAACUGUUUGAUUCCAGCUGUUAUACAUCCUGAAGCCUGGCAUGAAAUACUCCCUCUCUUUUUUGGUUCUGUUCUGAUUCUGAAUUUUCUUGAUUUCCCAUGUUUUUAUCACUUAAUGUUCCAGUUAGUUUGUAUUAUCCAUGUCUCAAUUGGAUUUGUCUGAAUCCUAGAAGACAUCGACCAAAAAAUAAAUUGUUUGCAUACUGACAAUUUUUUGUCAUUUGCACCAGUUUUAUGUUAGAUAUAUAUUUUUAAUCUCUUGAUUGAUUAUAUAUUUAUCUGUGCUUUCACUUUAAUGGUUUUUUUUAUUUGGUCUGUAAAUAAUUCUUGCCUCUUGCUCACUUGUAUUUUUGCCCAAAGUCUUGUGGCGUUAUAGUAAUAAGCAUUUUCAAAGUUAAAAAUAUUUUCAUGGUUUUGGAUUAACUUUAAUUAAAAUAAUUAAUUAUAAGGAUUUUUGUAAUUAAUGUGUUGGAUUAAUGAAUCUUAUGUUUGUAUUUUGUUGGUAAUUGUGUUGAAAAGUGAUUAAAGUCUUCAUGUCAACUUUCCUAAGGUGACUUGGAUAAAAUCAUAAAUAAUGUUGGGUUUAUAUAACUUUUGGUGGGGUGUUUUCAGUUAGGACAUUCUUAAAUUUUUAAUGAUUUAAUAUUUUUAUAUGCUUUAUCAUUGAACUCAAUGCUUAUUGAUAUUUGUUAAAUUAAUAAUUGAUAAUAUAAAUAAUUCUAGUCCAAACUUUUACUUAAAUAGUUAUAAUAGUUUGUAAAAUAUACUUCAGUAUAUAUUGAAAUUGAUAAUUGUAAUCAAUUAUGUAUAUUUUUUUAUUUUUUUAAAUUGAUAAUUAUAUUUAGUUCCAAUGGUUCAGCAGUACUAGCAACAAAACAGGCCUUGUUUUUUUGUUGUCUUGCUUCAGUAUAUCCCUAUUUUUCUUAGAGUUCUACCUUUGACAUCAGAAAUGAAAAGAACGGCAGUGACUUAUUGAAACUGCAUGGGCUGGAGCUGCAUAUUAUUUGCUAUUAUAUAUGCUUUGCAGUCAUAUAGUAGGGGCAUUCUGGUACCUGGUAGCUGUAGAGCGAAAUGAUAGUGCUGGCACAACGCUUGUAAGGAUAUUGGUAGUGAUUGCAAUUACUGUGGGAAUCAGCAGAUGAAAGGUUACGACAUAUGGAAGGGCAUGCGAGAUUCUGUUCUUAAUGAAAAGUGCCUAGCUAAUGAAAAUUAUGAUAAUCCUCCAUUUGAUUUUGGAGUCUUCACACAAACUUUAUCAUCUGGUAUCGUUUCAUCAACUAAACUCUUUUCCAAAUACUUGUACUGUUUGUGGUGGGGCUUUACAGAAUUUGAGGUGAGAAAACAUGUUCCUCCAAACUGUUGAUUGAGAGAUAUAAAAUAAGAAAAGAAAAUAGCAGUGGAUUCUGCCAUGCGAUAUUUUGGAGGAUAUAAUGUUUAUACUAACACAAAUAAUUGCAUUCGUAUGAAACAUCAAUAAUUAGCAGAUGGCGAGUCAAUUCAGGCGUUUUCACAGUAGACAGGUGCAACAUACAGAGGACCUGGGCAGCUCGGUUUAUCCAAGCUGCUUGGCGGCGUUAUUCCAAGAGAAAGAUUAUGGAACUGCAUAGGAAGGAAGAAGAGGAAGAAGAGGAAGCAGAAGGGUCAGAUGGAUACCGUAGUAACAGUGGUGGAGGUUCAUACAGCCUUGGUGCCAGUUUCUUAGCUUCUAAGUUUGCAGCAAAUGCUCUUCGUGGUAUUCAUCGAAACCAGAAUGCUAAGAGUGCCAAGAAGCUGGUGAAGCUACAGAAGCCUCCUGAGCCUGACUUCGCUGCUGAAGAUGCAGAUAGAUACGUUACCGCUAAUUUUUGAGAGUUAAAAUACUGUUAGUUUCUUCUAAUUGUACUUUGCUUGAAGAUUAAAAACAAUGUAUAAUACAAACACACUCCAGUUCGGAAUUGUAAUUGGAAAGCUUGAUGGAAGAAAUGUCAAAGCUUGCUUGCUGCAUUAAGACAA